UCCUCCAUCAUCACCUUUUGCCGAUUGGUGAUUUUAUAUGUUAAUGUAGGUUCUUCAACCUCACCGGUAUUCUUCUCUUUCUCCUAAACAAUUUCCUCUCGCAUUGUCACUGAGAUUUUCCUGCAAAUGGGUUUCGUCGUCUUAAACAUGGAGAUUUGAUCGGAAGAAAAGAUCGGAUUUUUCCUUCUGUGAUUCUGUCAGGAGUAUUAUUCUUUGAUCAUCAUAACUUUGGAGUUGAAAGUUUGGAUUUUUCCUCUGUUUAUGUGUAUAAACCAUCGAUCUUGAGAUGGAUCAGAGAAGCAUUGAGCCAGAGUUUGAUGAAUUUGAGAAGCUUCUUGGAGAGAUUCCGAAAGUUACUUCAGGAAACGAUUAUACCCGUUUCCCUAUAUGUUUGAGCUCAACAAGAUCAUCAACUUCCAUCAAGAAAACGGCUCGCUUCGAAGAAGAAAAUCUCCCUGAUGACCGCACAUUCACCUCUGCAUUUGCUGAGGGAAACUUCAACUUUGGAAUCCCAAAUCAAACUCCAGAAAAUCCUCAACUUAUGUUCAUUCCUUCUUAUCACUCUGCAAAUACCUCACCUUGUGUAUAUGACAAAUUUGAUCCAAGAAAACUUGAUCCGCAAAUGUUGAGGAAGCUGCAACAUGUUGGCUACUUUCCUAACAUCUCUUCCGGGAUCUCACCUGCUCAGCCGCAGCAAUACUUACCAUCCUCGGAGUCUCACCAUCAAGCUUUGGAUCAGUCUUAUAUCAAUAGGAGGAAUCUCGAAGAAGGAAACUUUCAGAGGCUGAAUCUGCAAGAAGAACAGUGUAUGCCUGUUAACCCUCAUUUCCUCUAUCUUUAUAAUAAUAACCAAACCAUGGAUGCUGCUCCAAGACAGGAGCAUUUCGACUAUCGCCGAGCUGAACAGUCUAACAGAAACUUGUUUUGGAAUGGAGAAGAUGGUGAUGAAAAUGUGAGGAAAAUGUGCUAUCCAGAGAAGAUCUUAAUGAGAUCACAGCUCGGUUUAAACACAGCUAAAGUCAUAAAGUACGGUGUUGGAGACGAUGCACAAAGCAGAAGACUUUGGUUGCAGAAUCAACUCAAUGAAGAUCUCGCGAUGAACCUCAACAAUCUGACGUUGCAGCAGCCUCCAAAGUAUAACUCUCUUGCAGAGGCGAGAGGGAAGAUAUAUUACAUGGCCAAGGAUCAGCACGGAUGUCGGUUCCUGCAGAGGAGAUUUGCUGAGAAAGAUGGGAAUGAUAUCGACAUCAUCUUUAAUGAGAUCAUUGACUAUAUCAGUGAGCUUAUGAUAGAUCCUUUUGGGAACUAUCUAGUUCAAAAACUGCUUGAAGUAUGCAGCGAAGAUCAGAGGAUGCAGAUUAUUCAUUCCAUAACUGGAAAGCCAGGAGUUCUUAUCAAAAUCUCUUGUGAUAUGCACGGGACUAGAGCUGUUCAAAAGAUAGUUCAAACGGUUAAGAGACAAGAGGAGAUUUCAGUCAUCAUUUCUGCUUUGAAGUAUGGCAUAGUGACUUUGAUAAAGAAUGCAAACGGUCGUCACGUUGUUCAACUUUGCUUGCAGUAUUUGUUACCUCACUGUGAAAAGUUUCUUUUCGAAGCUGCGAUUACUCAUUGUGUUGAGCUUGCAACUGAUCGACAUGGAUGUGUUGUGCUUCAAAAAUGUCUUGGCUAUUCCGAAGGAGAGACAAAGGAUCACUUGGUCUCUGAAAUUGCCUCCAAUGCUCUACUCCUCUCUCAAGACCCUUUUGGGAACUAUGUUCUUCAAUACAUCUUUGAGCUACAACUUCAAUGGGCAAUCAACGAAAUCCUCGAGCAAUUAGAAGGAAACUACACCGAGUUAUCAAUGCAGAAAUGUAGCAGCAAUGUAGUUGAGAAAUGUUUGAAACUAGCUGAUGACAAACACCGAGCUCGAAUCAUUAGAGAACUCAUAAACUAUGGUCGUCUUGAUGAAGUCAUGUUGGAUCCUUAUGGAAAUUAUGUCAUCCAAGCAGCUCUGAAACAAUCCAAGGGGAAUCUUCAUACUCUAUUGGUUGAUGCCAUUAAGCUUCAUAUCUCAUCUCUUCGUACCAAUCCUUACGGUAAAAAAGUCUUAUCUGCACUUAGCUCGAAGAAGUAAAUCCGCAGGUAAUAUAUCCGGAAAAGUAGAAACUUUCUAUCUCGAGAUGUCACGGUUAAAUUCGUUUCCUUUUUCUUGGCAGUUGCAGAUCUGUAGCAAAUGUUGCUGUUUGUUGUUGGUAAAGUUACCUUGUAAAUGUAUUGUAAUAAGAGCAUAAUUCGCAGGUUUUUGGUUUUUAUUCAGAGAGACGAAAGAUUCAAAGUAUGGCUUUGAUCUAAUCUACAAUU